AUGUCGGAAAAGCAUCACAGCUCAGAUGAGGAGAAGAGGCCAGUUGGCGGCACUGGGGUGAUUGAUACCCAAGUGGGUGAUGUUGAAGACCAUGAGGUUUUCAAGAAGACUGCGGAUGGAGUCGAUUUCCGGACUGUUUCAUGGCCGCGAGCAACUGUGAUCUUCCUGAAGAUCAUUUUUGCGACCGGUGUUCUCAGCAUACCUUCAGCCAUGUACGAGUUAGGAGCACUUGGUGGAGCACUUUCAGUCAUCGGAUGGGGCCUGUUGAACACUUAUACUGCAGUCAUUCAAGGUGACUUCCGUAACAGACAUCUUGGAACCCAUUCCAUCGCAGAUAUGGCAGGGGUGUUAGGUGGUCCUGUACUCAAAGAGAUCGUUGGAGUCCUCUUCCUCGCUGCAUAUGUUCUAUGUACUGGAUCUGGCAUUCUUGGGGUUUCAAUCGGCAUCAACGCCCUCUCCACACACGCCGCAUGCAGUGUGUGGUGGGGAUUGAUUGCUACGGUCUUCGUCGCGGCAACAGCUUCAGUCCGCAAGUUUCACACAAUCGGCUGGUUGACAUGGGUCGGAUUCGCAAGUAUCUUCAUCGCCGUCUUCAUUGUUGUCAUCGCAGUUACAACUCUUGACCGUCCAGCAGCAGCACCUCAAACUGGAGACUACGACUUCGGUUAUCACGUCAUUGCAUACCCAACGUUUGUGGCAGGUAUUACAGCAACGGCAACCAUCUUCGUCUCUUCAGCAGGAACAUCUGCUUUUCUUCCCGUCAUCUCAGAGAUGCGCCAGCCUAAGGAUUACAGAAAGGCUCUUUUCACAUGCAUGGGCUUCGUCACGGCAGCAUACCUGAGUUUGGCUCUCGUUGUGUACAAAUGGUGUGGGAAAUGGGUUGCCUCACCCUCUCUCGGUUCCGCGGGACCUACCAUCAAGAAAAUCGCAUACGGUAUUGGUCUUAUCGGUCUACUUGUUUCAGCAACACUCUAUCUACACGUAGCGUCCAAAUACCUCUUCGUCCGCAUUCUCCGAAAGACUCGUCACCUACAGCAAAACACUGUGGUUCAUUGGGGCGUCUGGCUUGGCUGUACCUUCGGUCUCGCAGCUCUCGCAUUCAUCCUCGCUGAGGCGAUUCCAAUCUUCAACUAUCUUAUCGCAUUGACUGGAAGUCUUUGUUUCGCGCCAAUUGCUAUUAUGCUUCCAGGAGCUCUCUGGAUCCAUGAUCAUGGCCAUUAUAAAAGCGGAACUAUGGUACAGAAAGCUAAGUACUGGGCUCACUGGUUUUUGCCUGUCUUGGGUUUGUUUAUUUGUGUUGGUGGAACUUAUGGUGUUGUUCAAUCUAUCAUUAGCGCUUACGCAAGUGGGCAAAUUGGUGGUGCUUUCAGCUGUGCAGAUAAUUCCAACUCGACUUGA